AUGCGCGAAGCUAUUACCGUCAAACUCAGUAUCGCCAAUUCGAAUAGUAUUAUUUCCCGCACCGUUGUGCCAACAGAGAUCACCGCCACCACAGCCCGUCAACCAGUGACAGCCGUCUCGUCAGGCUCCGAUCGCAUCCCCUUUUCCCACGUCCCUAUCUCUGUGUCAUCGCUACUCGCCUCCAUUGCACCCCAGGUCGUCGCCCAACAUUUGUCUCGCCAGUUCGCACACGCUUCAAAAACAAAGUCCAAGCGCGACUACAUUGUGCGCUGCCUACUUGUGAUGCAACGAGAACAGCAACAAGACCAGCCGGGACCCCUCCCAAAGGCAACUCCCGGACGACGCCGCAACAACCGCCAUGCCGGCAACGCUGUCGCUCGCAGAACAUAUGCUUCGGAAAACGACAUGCCGUCUGAAGGCUCCUAUCCGAUUAACUUUGGCCCUGCCGCCCCGUUCACGCCGCACAAGUCGGGCACCAAGUCGGGGACAAACAGCCCGGCUCCGGAACCCCAGGCAAACGGCUCUAGGCCCAAACCCCGUUCUACCAAAUCCUCAAGGUCCAACAAGCAGGCGUCCACAACCUCCCCGGCAUCGACACCGGGCCCAUCCAAGAACUACCGGACCAGUCCUCCGCAAACAGCGGCUCUGCCCAAGUCGGUCUUCCCCCCUGCCUUUGCCGGUGGUUCCUUCCACGCCUCCCCGGAUCCGUCGGCGCUUCCGAUCCCUAGCUUUCUUGCCAAGUCGAUGGACUCUCCCAGCGUCAAGGAUACCGGCCGAGCCAACUCGGAGCCUUCGCCUCCAGCCACCGACUCGGAAGCACCCACACCUCAAACCCGUCUCCCCGUCAGUGACAUUUCCCGAGAGGAAUCUCCACUCGACUUCUUCUUCCGCGCCGACCGAGCCGAGAAGGCGAGAGCUCGGAGCGGUAGUUCAGCCAACAUGUACGCUCAUAGCCCGAGCUUGUUCUCGCCCCAAGGACAAGGCCUAUCACCUCAGGAACCCCGGACUCUCCCUACUGGCACGAGCCUACAUGGAGCCCGGUUACACCAUUCGGAGCCAGCCCAGCCGAAUUACUCGAUGGGCUUCUCUACCGGUGAAGUAGGCGGAAACCCAUGUCGCUCUAUGGGGCCAGCUUUUUCGAGACCCUACCAGGAUCGCAUUCGUGAUGCAAGGUCGAGCGAGGGGCACACUGGCGUUGCCUCGAGCGUUCCUCGGCAACAUCAGCAGCAACAGCAGCAGGAACCUAAUAUGGACCCUAGUGAGAAGCUCAAGAGAUUCCUUGCAAUCCCGGCGAUUCGAGAUAGUCAACCGGCAAAUCAACCACCGAGCCAUCCGGCGAGCCAGCACACGUUCCCAGGCCACUUCCGUGGCGGUGAGCUUCAUGGCAGGCAACCACCACCACCUGCUCCAUUUCCUCAGGCAGUCGAUCAACAGCGGUCCGCAGACAUUCAACACAUGGAGGAUAGCCUUCGUCGGAUGCUGAAGCUCGACUCUCCGGUGAAUAUAAGGGCAUCGGCAACUAACUAUCAAAGCUCUUGA